AUGAAAAUAGGACAAAACAAUACUGAGCUGUGUCCUGCUUCCUGCUAUGAGUUUCAAAUUAUGUCUAAACCAAAUUCAAGUCUUGCCCUCUUUCUUCAUUGACCUUUUUUCUUUGCCAUUCUGGUGUUACUGCAAAAACUGAACCAUUGCAUCAACACCUCAUGUCACAAUCUUUCUAACUCUCAAUUUUGUCUUUUGAUUCACCUGAAACCCUAAUUUUCUAGUAUAAGUAGAGGUAACAUUUCAGAGCAUGGGGGGGGGAUUUUUGAGAAAAACAGAGAAGAGAAAAACCAAAAAAACUCAUCUUUUCAUCACUUUUCCAACAAAUUCGAAAUCCAUUAAAACCACCUUCAACCUUCAAUUUUCUUCACCCAAAUCACUCCAAGCACCUACCUAAGCUUGAACCCACAAGAAAAACGAAGAAAAACCAUCAAAAAAGCUUACACAAGGUUCAAAAAUAGCAAAGAAAAGUGUAGGUGUUAACCCACCAAGACAAAGCUCGAAACCAAUUAGAUUCAGAAAUGAUCUUUCAAGUGUGACAGUAAACUCAAUUCCCCAAUGGCACCGUCCUCUCCUCCGUCUCCUCCGAUCGCCGACAAUUCCGACCCCGAACGCCGUCUUCGCGAAGCGGAGGAGCGUCUCCGAGACGCAAUCGAGGAGCUUCAACGCCGUCAACGACGCGCCGCUGCUCAUGCUUACCACCAACUUCAUCACCAUAACAACCUCGACUCUCCUCCCUGCGAUCACGGUCCCGACGAGUCCUGCAUCGCACACGCCAUUGGUAACCUGUGCCAGACCUUCCUUCUCUCCUAUGGAGUUAGAGUCGGCAUUGGUAUUCUCCUUCGCGCUUUCAAGCUUGUUCGAAGGCAAUCGUACUCAUCUCUCCUUGAUCUCAAGCAACUUGUUUCAGAAAAAGACUUAAUAGUGAGGGAAGAAGCAUGUCGAAUUGGUUUACUUUUUGGUGGUUUUACUGGAUCUUAUCACGCUCUUAGAUGCUUGUUUAGAAAGUUUAGAAAAAAAGAGACACCGCUGAACGCAAUUUUAGCAGGUUCAGUUGCUGGUUUCUCAAUUCUGGCACUAAAUGAUUCAAAUAGGAGGCGCACACUGGCUUUAUAUCUGUUAGCCAGAUUAGCUCAGUGCGCUUAUAAUUCUGCAAAAUCUAAGAACAAAUUUCACCUUUGGGGAAGUCAUUGGAGACAUGGAGAUUCUUUGCUGUUUUCCCUUGCUUGUGCACAGGUUAUGUAUGCGUUUGUAAUGCGUCCUGAGAGCUUGCCGAAAUCAUAUCAAGAUUUCAUUCAAAAGACCGGACCAGUUGCAGAGCCUGUAUACAGGGCUGUAAGGGAUAGCUGUAGAGGUCAUCCAGUUGAUGUUGCUUCGCUGCAUGCCUACUUAUCUCGGAAAGGAAAAUCUGAUUAUGUGAAAUUGGAAGAAUUUCCCUCUAUUAUUCCUUGUUCCAUCAUUCAUGCAGGAACAAGUUCAUGUUUAGUUCACGAAGUAAAUGCAACAUCAUUAACAUUUAAAAAAACAUUCCCACUUUACUUCUCUCUGACCUUUGUGCCGUUUGUCGUUCUGCAUCUACAAAAGUUCACUGAUGCUCCUUUCCGCACUUUCUGGUUUGCCGUUAAAGGUGCUGUUCGCUCAACAGCCUUUUUGUCUGCUUUUGUUGGAAUCUUUCAGGCAGUCAUAUGUAUGCAUAGAAAACUUGCUUCAAGAGAUCACAAACUUGUGUAUUGGAUAGCAGGAGGAAUAUCUGCCCUUUCAGUGCUAUUGGAGAAAAAGGCAAGGCGUGGUGAGCUAGCUUUAUAUGUUCUUCCCCGAUCAGUAGAUUCAUUAUGGUAUAUCUUGGUGAACAGGCACCUGCUUCCAAAAAUUAGGAAUGCUGAGGUGUUUUUGUUUUCUCUCUGCAUGGGAGGGAUCAUGUAUUACUUGGAAUAUGAGCCAGAAACCAUGGCCCCUUUUCUUAGGGGUCUGAUCCGCCGCUUCCUUGCCAGCAGAAUUAGCAAUCCAAGUCCCCCGUCUAAUCAAACUCCUUCUUACACAUACCUACAAGUUCUUGAUGGUAUCACGACGCCAAAAUUACAAGAAAGACAAGAGAUAAAGGACACUGAAUCUUCUUCUGAGACGUACAAUCUUGAGUCUAUUCCAGGGCUUUGAUAUUGUAUUUUGGGUAUUUUUUUCUUAGGGGUUCUGGGAGCUGAAAACCGUCUCUCUGAACUUCUGUUUGUUUUAGGUUAUAGGAUAUCCUUCCUGGUAUUCAAUCGUUUUAGCUUAGCUAUGCCAACUACAAAUUGGAUAUUUAGGGAACCAGAUUCUAUAUUGUUAUCACCAUUGGUUCCACAUUUUUUUAUUGGAUUGUUCAUGAAGUUGUUCUUGAUGUUCAGGUGGAUUGUAAUUUUCUAUUUUACCAAA